AUGCGGUGUCGGAUCACAACACGACGUCAUGGGCCGAAAUCUUCCUCCUGCAAUCCACAAACCCGAGGAAGCGCACCAGAGGAUACUACCAAGCAGGGUCGAGAGGAAGCUUCGUGCACUGGAACAGGUAUGGCCGACCAUCCGACAUCCAUUACAACCGUGAUCUUUGACGUUGGAGGAGUGGUUGUCAAGUCGCCUCUGCUAGGGGUCAACAAGUUCGAGAAAGCCGAGGGCUUGCCGGCCGACUAUCUGAAUGUGGCCAUCACUGCUCGCGGGGCCGACGGGGCGUUCCAAAAGCUCGAAGUCGGCGCCCUGCAGCUGCCCGAAUUCUAUGCCCAAUUUGGCGAUCAAAUGAGUGACACCCAGUUUAACAAUCCGGCGUAUAAGAGGUUUUGUUCGAAGACUAAGAGAACUUGUCCAAGCUUACCGACGACCCUACAGGUCGAUGGAAAACAGCUAUGGAAGCAGAUGAUGGUAGAGGCAUCGACUCCCAAUCUACCGAUCAUCAAGCUCAUCAAACGUCUCAGAGAAUCUGGGAAAUAUCGAGUGGCCGCCUUGACAAAUAAUUUUCAAUUACCGGCCGGUAAAACCGAGGAUGAUCAGGAAGCGUUGGGACUAGCCCCGAUGGAAAUCAAGGAUCUAUUUCACGAGUUUAUUGAGAGUAGUCAGGUUGGACUUCGCAAACCGGAUCCCAAGUUUUUUGAGUAUGCUUUAAAGCUUCUCAACGUCAGAGGUCCAAAAGAGGUUGUAUUCUUUGAUGAUAUAGGUAUUAAUCUGAAAGCGGCUGAGAAAUUAGGCAUAAAUACCAUCAAGGUGGGAAUUAAUGAUGUCAAACCAGCGUUGGAACAACUCCAGAAAUAUCUGCCAGAUUUAGAUUUGAAGGAUAUCAUCAACAGCGCAAAAUUGUAGAACACUUGACCCUCUGUACUUAUAAUGUGAUGUAAUGGUGAGAACCCUUUGGUUGACAAAAACAUUUUAUCUAGUUGACUGCCGGCCAAUGAAAUGUAUGUAUACGAAGUGUGUUUCUAAUGGCUUGAAC